GUUGUUUUGUGUUCAGUACGUGGCCAAACCUUCGAGAUGCAACUGCUCUGGUCAAGUUUCGUGGUGCUCCUGGUUCUCCAGCUCCGGCCCAAUCAGGGACAACGAGUGGUGGGACCCUAUCCGGAUGAGAGAACACCAUCCGGUCGCAUAAAGGGUGGGGAGGUAGCAGAGCCCGGCUUCGCCCCCUACCAGGUGUCCUUGCAGUCAACCAUAGGCUCCCACAGCUGUGGGGGAUCGAUCCUUAACGAACGCUGGAUCCUCACGGCCGGACACUGCGUCCAGAACUACACCCCAGAUAGGGUGAACGUGAUUACGGGCACCAACCAGUUCAGAGAACCCGGCGCCAUAUACUACACUGAGGAAAUCCACAUGCACUGCAUGUACGAUCAGCCCUACAUGCACAACGACAUUGCCCUGCUGAAGCUGUCGGAAAACAUCACUUUCAACGCCGUGACCCAACCUGUUAACCUUCCCAGCGGGCCCUCAAAGCCCGGCGAUGUAAUCGUCCUGACUGGAUGGGGAGCAGAGACGCCCAAUGGUGGCUCUUUGGCCGACCUCAAUAAGCUGACUCUGGGCUUCGUGACCUUCGAGGAGUGCUACGCCAUCUUCAACCAAACGGCCAACCUUGGAGUGGGUCACAUCUGUACCUUUUCACAGGAGGGUGAGGGCUCGUGUCACGGCGACUCCGGCGGCCCACUGGUGAGCAACGGAGCUGUGGUGGGCGUGGUCAACUGGGGACGUCCCUGCGGCAUGGGCUAUCCAGAUGUCCAGGCCAAUGUGUACUACUACCUGGACUGGAUUCGCAACAAGAUUAGCGGAGAGACCAAAUGCACUUUCUAAGCAAAAUUGUAAAAAAUGCAUUAAAUAAACUUUGAAAACUUA